AAUGAAGUCAGCAGCUGUAAAGGAUACAUAUAUUGCUUUUACUUUAAUUUAGUGUUAAGCUGAGCCAGAAAAUGAAGCCUUUAUAGUUCCAUAAUAAUAGAUUACCUCUGCGAUCUAUUAUUGUGUGCUUUGACUGCAUGCUAACUGCUGAUAGUCAAGGUAACCUGGGGUGAUUCUGGUCAGAGAUCUUCAGAAAGACAAAACUUUGACUAUUUUUUCCUGACAGAAAGUGCUUUCAGAAAAGAAAAUGAGUUAAAAAUAAUGACCCUAUGAUGUAGUUUUACCAAUAACUUAUUUUCUCGUCUUGGUUUUGAUGUGAAGUGUCAGCAGGGAUGGUCCUGCCUCUUGCUCCUCACCUCCACCAUCAUCACCUCCUACUCCUCACUUCCUCUCUUCCCCUUCAACCGAGCCCGUCUCUGACCCUCCACCUCUGACUCCACCUCCUCCUCCUCGUCAACAAAUAAGGAGGACUGUCCCAGGAGCCAUGGUGGAUGUCAGUAAGUGGCCCCUGUUCUCGCUACUGAGCACUGAGCAACAAGCCACCGUCCGACAGGCCUGCGUCUUUGGUACCACGGCUAACGAAGCCAUUUACAUCACACACGGAAACGAGGUUUUUGUGUUGGGGCUGAACUGCAGUGGCUGUCUUGGUACAGGAGACAGUGCGAGCACCGUCGUUCCAAAAAAGCUGGACUUCCUGCGGGGGAAGAGGGUUUUAAGUCUCAGCUAUGGCAGUGGACCGCAUGUGCUGCUGUCCACAGAUGAUGGACAGCUGUAUGCGUGGGGGCACAAUGGUUACAGCCAGCUGGGGAUCGGCACGACAAACCAGGGACUGUCCCCUACGUUGAUCACAUCUAAUCUACAGAAUAAGAAAGUGGUCGAGGUGGCCUGUGGCUCGCAUCACUCCAUGGCUCGCAGUGCGGAUGGAGAGGUGUUUGCCUGGGGUUAUAAUAACUGUGGACAGGUGGGCUCAGGCUCCACAGCCAACCAGCCUUACCCCCGGAGGGUCACCGGCUGCCUGCAGGGCAAGACCGCAGUGGGCAUCAGCAGUGGCCAGACCUCCUCCAUGGCUCUGGUUGACAAUGGAGAGGUUUACGGUUGGGGCUACAAUGGAAACGGGCAGCUGGGUAUUGGCAACAAUGGAAACCAGCUGACUCCUUGCCGCCUUUCUGCACUUCAAGGGCUGUGCAUUCAACAGAUCGUAUCAGGAUACGGACACUGCCUGGCGCUAACAGAUGAGGGUGUGCUGUAUGCAUGGGGAGCCAAUACCUACGGUCAGCUGGGAACUGGCAACAAGAGCAACCACCUCAGUCCUGUGAAAAUCAUGGCUGACAAAGACAGCAGGGUUGUAGAGGUUGCAUCAUGCCAUUCUACACAUACCUCAGCAGCCAAGACCCAAAGCGGCGAGGUGUACAUGUGGGGCCAGUGUCGGGGUCAGGCCAUUGUUCUGCCCCACCUGACAAACUUCAGCAACACUGAUGACGUCUUCGCCUGCUUCGCCACUCCCUCCGUCAUGUGGCGUCUAAUAUCAAUGGAACAAGACGAUUUCAUGACAGUCACCGAAGCUCUCAGGAAGGAGUUUGACAGCCCAGAAACAUCUGACCUCAAGUUCAACGUUGAAGGAAAAUACAUUCAUGUCCACAAAGCUGUGCUGAAGAUCAGGUGCGAGCAUUUCCGCUCAAUGUUUCGCUCCCAGUGGGCGGAGGACCAGCAGGAGGUGAUAGAGAUUGGCCAGUUCUCAUACCCGGUCUACAGAGCCUUCCUGCAGUUUCUGUACACCGACACUAUCGACCUGCCACCUGAGGAUGCCAUCGGCUUGCUGGAUUUGGCCACCUCCUACUGUGAAAACCGCCUGAAACGCUUGUGCCAGCAGAUCAUUAAGAGAGGAAUCACAGUGGAAAAUGCCUUCACGCUGCUGUGUGCUGCCAUACGAUAUGAUGCCGAGGACCUCGAGAAGUUCUGUUUCAGGUUCUGUGUGAACCAUCUGACUCAGGUGACUCAGACCGCAGCCUUUUGGCAAAUCGACGGAGCAAUGCUCAAAGAGUUUAUUGGCAGAGCCAGCCGCUACGGAGCCUUCAAGAACUGAGUGCUCUUACUUUCUGGCAGUUUAGAAACUACAGUAUAUUCUGACUUUAGUGGUAAAAGGUUUUGCUACAACUUCAGCAGCAAAAUGCCCCAUUGUUGCACAAAUGAUCACAUUCCCACCGAGGAUCCCUCUUCUGAAAUGGCCCGCGGCGUGCUGCACGGGUUCCUGAACUGCAGGUUAAGCUGCGCUGUCUGAGGUUUGAGAGUCUGCACUUUGGUCGAUGUUUGUGGAGUUCCUCUGCAAAGUCAUGACCCUUUUUGUCAGAUGAAUUCAUUUGCUUUAUUUGUCAAUAAGUUGUAUUUUUCUAUAAGUUAUGACAUUCCUCCUUCGCUUUAUUCUAAGUGGAACAGACCAAAAAGCUGAAAGGGCACUUGUCCAGCUCAGUCUGUGUUUUUGAUUAAAUAAAACUGACAAAUGUUUCACAGUUUAGCUGAUGUACACCGGCCGAGUACCACUGUACUGAAACGCACCUGCUGCUGCUUCUUUUGUAAUUCCAUUUUUCUGUUUGAAAGUCUUUGGGCGCUAGCAUUUAAAACAUCUCAUUGAGCUGUUGAAUCUAUAAGACCUUACUGAAAGGGCACAAGAAAUGUUACCGAAAAGGAGUUGCAUUACAUUAGGUAGCUUUUCUUUCAAUUUUAAGUGUGUAAGUUGUAAAAUGCACAAAAUCUGUCAAACUAUUGAGGUCUUUUUUUCCAGAACCUUUUACUUUCUUUAGCUUUAACUUUUUUGUGUUCUUAUUUGUUUAUCAAUUCGAUAAAAUUCGAAGCACGUCUGUAGCAACAUGGGAAGGUCAAUUCUUUAAGUUGGGGUUGCUUUUAGUAAAAUCCCUGCAGGUUUUACUUUAACUUUCUGCUCAAUGGCACUGGGUGUGUUAUAUUUUAUUGGCCAAGUGAUCUGCAGAUUGUGUGGUGAGGUCAGUUUCCUUUUCUCGAGUUAGGUUUCCUUUUCUCGAUGCACUCUAACGCUGGAAAGUUGGACAUCUGUUUAUUAUUAGAGCUGUGUCAUUCAGGUCAGGGAGUUUGCAGUUUUUUUAUUUGAAAUAAAGACAUGUAAAUUAUGGAAACAAUUGUGUUCUGCACUGUAUUAAGAAAAUAUAUUUUUGUUAUGCUUUUGUUUACUUAGGUAUAGUUUGUGGUUAGAACAUGGUUAACAUAUAAUACAGUAGUAGUACUGCUCCUCAGCUGUUAUAUACCUGAAAUGUCGUUUUCUUCCUUUUGUUAUUGCUUAUUGGGAGAUUAUUCCCAUUAAAUAAAUAAAACUAUACUUUCUUUAC